CGAACGCUCAUUUCUCCUCACUACCUACUCAAGAAUCUCACCACUCUCUUUUCCUCUCAUUCAACAGCAAAGUUUUCAGUUCUCGUUUUACUAACCAGCAAAUGGCCAAGAUUAAGAUAGGAAUCAAUGGAUUCGGUAGAAUCGGCCGCUUGGUCGCGAGAGUAGCUCUCCAGAGGGACGAUGUAGAGCUUGUCGCUAUUAACGAUCCAUUUAUCACCACCGAGUACAUGACAUACAUGUUCAAGUAUGACAGUGUGCACGGCCACUGGAAGCACAGCGAUGUGAAGGUGCAAGACGAGAAGAGCCUUCUCUUCGGCGAGAAGUCGGUCAGAGUCUUCGGAUGCAGGAACCCUGAGGAGAUCCCAUGGGGUGAAACUGGUGCCGAGUAUGUUGUGGAGUCUACUGGAGUCUUCACUGACAAGGACAAGGCUGCUGCUCACUUGAAGGGUGGUGCCAAGAAGGUUGUUAUCUCCGCCCCUAGCAAAGAUGCCCCAAUGUUUGUUGUGGGUGUCAACGAGAAGGAAUACAAACCCGAGUUGGACAUUGUUUCCAAUGCCAGUUGCACUACCAACUGCCUUGCUCCAUUGGCCAAGGUUAUCAACGAUAGGUUUGGCAUUGUGGAGGGGCUUAUGACCACCGUCCACUCUAUCACUGCUACCCAAAAGACUGUUGAUGGUCCAUCAAGCAAGGACUGGAGAGGUGGAAGAGCUGCUUCAUUCAACAUCAUCCCGAGCAGCACUGGAGCUGCCAAGGCUGUUGGUAAAGUGCUUCCAGCUCUUAACGGAAAGUUGACCGGCAUGUCCUUCCGAGUCCCCACCGUUGAUGUCUCAGUUGUUGACCUCACUGUCAGGCUAGAGAAAGAGGCCACUUAUGAUGAGAUCAAGGCUGCCAUCAAGGAGGAGUCAGAGAACAAGCUCAAGGGCAUCUUGGGAUACACUGAAGAUGAUGUGGUGUCCACUGACUUCGUUGGUGACAGCAGAUCAAGCAUAUUUGAUGCCAAGGCUGGAAUUGCAUUGAGCAAGAACUUUGUGAAGCUUGUCUCGUGGUAUGACAACGAAUGGGGAUACAGCUCAAGAGUGAUCGAUCUGAUUGUUCACAUGUCAUCUGUUGCAUGAAGAUGAAGGCAUUUUUUCCUCUUGGAGAUGGCGACGCUUUAGUUUCAUCUUUCAGGCUUUGUUUUAUGGCAUUUUCCUUUCUAGUUAAGACUUCAGAGUUGAGACUAGUAAUAAUUCAUGUUACUGUUGCUGUGUGUUGCAGUUAUUUGUGUCAUUAUCUUUCAAAGAAUUUUCCCGUGAUUCAAAAUCAAUAUAUCACCUCUUGUUCUA